AUGCACAUUGGUGCGUGGGGGCGAUUGAUACAGCCAUGCACAGCCACUCUCUCAUUGAACUUGCGUGUUCGUCCUUCAUCCAUUCCCUUUUUCCCCCCCCCAUCCUCCCUCACCUCCCCCGUGCCGCCGUACGCUCUCACCCACUCUCUCAACCACUCUCUCACCCACUCUCUCACCCACUCUCUCACCCACUCUCUCACCCACUCUCUCACCCACUCUCUCACCCACUCUCUCACCCACUCUCUCAUCCACUCUCUCACCCACUCUCUCACCCACUCUCUCACCCACUCUCUCAACCACUCUCUCAUCCACUCUCUCACCCACUCUCUCACCCACUCUCUCACCCACUCUCUCACCCACUCUCUCACCCACUCUCUCACCCACUCUCUCACCCACUCUCUCACCCACUCUCUCACCCACUCUCUCACCCACUCUCUCACCCACUCUCUCACCCACUCCCUCACCCACUCUCUCAACCACUCUCUCAUCCACUCUCUCACCCACUCUCUCACCCACUCUCUCACCCACUCUCUCACCCACUCUCUCACCCACUCUCUCACCCACUCUCUCACCCACUCUCUCACCCACCUGGCAGGCGCGGAAAAUCUUCUCAAGGGCAGCAAGCGAUCCGAUUCUACUCUCUUCCUUGGUGCCCCCCUCCGCCUCCCACCGCUUCUGCCCCUCCAGCAGCUCCUCCCUGUGCGCCCCCAGGGAAGCAUCUGCCGCCACGUCCCUCAGCAGCUUGGCGCGCUUGUGCCUCACUGCCUCCAGGCCCAGGCGCAGCUUGAUCACGUGCUCCAUGUCGUCCGCUUCCUCCACCAGUAG